CAUAUUAGUGUAUACAUGUCACUCCCAGUCUCCCAAUUCAUCCCACCAGAACACCCCCCCACCACUCUCCCCCCCUUGUUCUCUACACUUGUAUCUCUAUUUCUGCCCUGCAAACUGGUUUUUCGAGGUUCCACAUAUAUGCGUUAAUAUACGAUAUUUGUUUUUCUCUUUCUGACUUAACUUCACUCUGUAUGACAGACUCUGUAUGACGUAGAUCCAUCCACGUCACUACAAAUAACCCAAUUUCAUUCCUGUUUAUGGUUGAGUAAUAUUCUAUUGUAUAUAUGUACCACAUCUUCUUUAUCCAUUUGUCUGCUGAUGGGUAUUUAGGUUGCUUCCAUAUCCUGCCUAUUGUAAAUAGUGCUGCAGUGAACAUUGGGGUGCAUGUGUCUUUUUGAAUUAUGGUUUUCUGUGGGUAUAUGCCCAGUAGUGGGACUGCUGGGUCAUGUGGUAAUUCUAUUUUUCGUUUUUUUAGGAACCUCCAUACUGUUUUCCAUAGCGGCUGUAUCAAUUUACAUUCCCACCAACAGUGCAAGAGAGUUCUCUCUCCUCCACACCCUCUCCAGCAUUUGUUGUUUGCAGAUUUUCUGAGGAUGCCCAUUCUGACCGGCGUAAGACUUAGCUUUGGAACCAAACCCUUCUGACCACCCAAGGCCAAGCACAGUUUUUCGGAGCAAAUCUCAAACAGAGGUGCGGGAAAAGAGGACGAGCAGCCCUUUAAACCAUUAUGACCUUAGCAAUAUAUUACCACAUAAAGAACAGAGCUGCAGAUAGAUCCUUGGAUAUUUUUGAUGAGAGAUUACAUCCACUCACACGAGAAAAGAUUCCAGAGGAAUACUUCGAGCAUGAUCCUGAACACGAAUUCAUUUACAGAUUUGUUCGUACUCUUUUUAGUGCCGCACUGCUAACUGCUGAAUGUGCAGUAGUAACUUUGGUUUACUUAGAAAGGCUUUUAACUUAUGCUGAGAUCGACAUUUGCCCCACUAACUGGAAAAGAAUUGUUUUGGGAGCCAUUCUUCUUGCCUCCAAGCUUUGGGACGAUCAGGCUGUAUGGGAUGUGGACUACUGCCAGAUCCUCGAGGACGUUACAGUUGAGGACAUGAAUGAGAUGGAAAGGCACUGCCUGGAGCUACUUCAUUUUAAUAUUAAUGUUCCUUUCAGUGUGUAUGCCAAAUACUACUUUGACCUUCGCUCCUUAGCAGAUGACAACAACCUGAAUGUUCUAUUCACUCCUCUUAGCGAAGAAAGAGCACAGAACUUAAAGGCCAUUUCCAGAUUGUGUGACGACAAAUACAAAGACGUGUGUAGAGCUGCUAUGAGAAGGUCUUUCAGCGCUGAUAAUUUCAUUGGUAUUCGGCGCUCCAAUGCCAUCCUCUCUUAAGGGAGAAGUGAGGGGUUGUAACAUCAUAAACCCCUCGAAACAAGGACUGGAGAAAUAGCACCUCUCCUGCUCAGAAACCAGCAAAGUUAGUAUUUUCACCUUAAAGAAAGACAUUGAAUUCAAGAGACUCAUGGACAAGCGAAGAUUAUGCUCAUAGGAAAGAACGGGACCUCGUCAAUGUAACACGCUCUUCUGUCCUUUUUAUUGUAAACAGAGUUACAAAAACCACUCCAAAGCUAAAAGCUCCCAAUCCAUGCACAGAUAUCUGCUCCCAAUCGACACACAGAUAUCUGAUAGCUGAGAACUAUGUGAGGUUUUUUAAUUAAUAGCUUAAAUUUUUAGACUUUAAAGACUUUAGACUUUAACUAUAUAAAGACUUUUAACUAUUUAAA